CAGCUCUGUUCGGCAGAUGGCCGAAUCAUGGUCCAAGUCACAAAGUAUUUCCUACUAUCCCACCAGUGUCUUCAUAAACUGUGCAAUGUCUUUGAUAAACACUGCAUCGAUCACUCCCUCCCUCCCGGUCUCUCCCUUUUUCUCCACCCCUCUCUCUCUCUAUCUGCCACCCCUCCGUGUCUCACUGGGAGCCGACGUUAUCCACCAGUAACAUCAGACAACCUAGCCGAGCAUCAACCCUUCAACUCGAAGUGAUUUGGAUUCAGAGAACAUCAUGUAUAUCCUAGCUUCUGCUAUCUGCUUGUUGGGUUUUGCAUCAACCCAGAAAGUGACUGAUCUGAAUAAUUGCCUGAAGGAUAACAACUUACGGAUGGACUGUUCAUAUGAGCUUUCCACUGCAUCACCAAUUCCUACCUGCGUAUAUACCCAGGAUAGCAAGUUGGUGGCCAGUACCAACAUCUCUCAUGUUCAGGAAUCUACAUUCAAGGACCGUGCUACUGUCACUAUCCUUAAUGGGAAGAACAUCUGCCGUCUCAACCUCAUGGGAUUUGCUGACGACAAGCCCAAGAACUUCACCUGCACAAUCAUGCAGAAAGAGACGGUGUCAGUAUCCGCCAGCGUUGAAAGGACGGCUCUGGUCACGUGUUCUGCAUACAGUCUGCAGAGCAGUGGGCUGUUGUUGACAUUGACCUCCCUUUUUUUCCUGCUGGAAGCCAAGUGGCAGUGAAAAAAACGUUGCUGCUGCAGUCCAUAACUGUGAAACAUAAUCACAAAAAUCGUGUCAUUAGCUCAUUAAUAUACCUUAAUUACAUCCAAACAGAACUGUGCCUUUUGGAAUGAAUACUACUUAGAAUGUGGUCUUCAAUGGUAUGCUGGUACGGUCUGCUGAUGUAAGCCACUAGUAACCUGCAAUAGGAUAACUUGCACUGCUGGAGAUGAAUUAAGUCCCAUGUCAUAGACUAUUUGAUUCUGAUUAAAUAUGUGCUGUUUGCCUCUUGCUUGAUACACAUUAAUGUCUAAUAAAUAUGUCCCCCCUCUC